AUGAAAGAAACAUAUAACUUUAUAAUAUUUUUCUCAUAUGUAGGAAUGGAAUUUAAUGGUUCUGCAUAUCAAAAAGACAAUAAAAAUACAGUAGAAAAUAAACUCAUAGAAAAUUUACUUAAUUUAAAAUUAAUAUCUAAUAAGAAUAAUUCUUUUUCGAGAGUAUCAAGAACAGAUAAAGGUGUAUCUGCUCGUGUAAAUGCAUUAACAAUAAGAUUAAAAAUUAAAUAUCAAAAUAUGUCAAUGUUAGAUAUUAAAAAAUUAUAUGUAAAAGAAUUGAAUAAAAAAUUAAAAAAUAUACAUAUCAUUGACAUUCAAGAUGUUCCUAAUAUGUUUGAUGCUCGUUUAAACUGUAUACACAGAACAUACGUUUAUUUUUUUUUAAACAAAAAUUAUAAUUUGGAAAAAAUGAAGGAAGCAUCUAAAUUAUUUUUAGGAGAACAUGAUUUUUCAAAUUUUUGCAAAAAAAGAAAAAACAAUACGUCAUUUAAGAGAACAGUGUUAAAAUUUGAAAUUAAAAAUAUAGAUAAAAAUUUUUUUUAUUUUAAAAUCAAAGGUGUUUCAUUUUUAUAUAACCAAAUUAGACAUAUGGUUUCUAUCCUCUUUUUAGUUGGUAAAGGAUUAAUGGACAAAAGUGAUAUUUCUAAUAUGUUGAACAACUCGCCAAUGAAAAAUAAAAAUUAUAAAAUAGCUGAUGAAAACGGUUUAUUAUUAUAUUCAUUUAAAUUUAAUGAUUUUAAUUUUAAUAUUAAUAUUGAUAACCGUAUAUUUUCUAAUGUUAUGAAUAAAUAUAUUCAAAGUACUAUACUUUUAAUAUCACUUUGUUACCCAUUAAAAAUAAAAAAACCCAAUGAUGAUUUUUUUGAAAAUAUAGAUGAUUAA